CUCAUCUGGUUUCUUAGAGGUUCCAGACACCAUGUUCACUGCUUGCAUACUCUGAGGCAUGACAUGGUUCAGGAUUAUUCAUAGAGAGGGAGCUAACGCAGAGAGAUGGACUUUAGACAAAUGAGGCAUUAAAACAACUCAACUCAUCGGACUGGACAAACCACUUGAGUGGACCUUGGAGCACAAAAAGAAGGGAAGUGGAAUUGUUCCAUUAUGGCAGUCCCAAAUGACAGCUUGAGUUUUAACUCCACCAUCUCUCCUUAUACGAGCAAAAACAGUGAGAAUGCGUCUGUUUGCACCGACUGGCCACCGGUACCCAUGACCACCAUCAUCCCCUCCAUCUACAGCAUUAUCUGCGUACUGGGCAUCAUUGCCAACACACUGGCCGUGUCCGUGUUGGCCCACACAAGCGCCUCGAGGAGAACUGUGGCCAACACCUUCAUGCUGAACCUUUGCGUGUCGGACCUUUUGUUCCUGCUGUCCCUCCCACUCUGGGCUGUUUACUACUCGCAAGGGUACAGCUGGCUCUUCGGAAGAGUAGCCUGCAAGAUCUCCGGAAGUCUUCAUAAUCUCAACCUGUAUGCCUCCAUAUUCUUCAUCACCUGCAUGAGCGUGGACAGGUACCUUGCUCUGGUGCACCCACUGCGCUCUCAGAGUGUUCGAGACCUGAAACGUGCUAAGCUCAUGUGCAUCCUGGUGUGGGUUCUGGCACUGGCUUGCACGGCGCCAACCAUAGCUUUGAGGGACACGCGCUACAUCGAGGAGUACGACGUGGAAGCUUGUGUGAUUAGCUAUCCGGAUCUCACCUGGUAUCGCAGCCUGGCCUGGAUGAAAAUACUUCUGGGCUUUUUGCUGCCAAUGAUCAUCAUCUCUUGUUGCUACUGCGCCAUUGGCAGACACUUCUUGGCUGGCCCUGGACUCAUAAGCCUGCGGAGACCACCACACUCUGGCAGCGCAUUUAAAUCCUCAAGGUCACAGGACAGCUGCGGUAAACCAGAGCGACCCUCGACCACAUGUGUGAACCCCAGCUCCAGUGGAAGCAAACCCAUGGAGGGAAGGGGGCUGGAAAGGGUCUUAUGGACUGUGGCUGCUGUUGUCUUGGCCUUCUUCCUCUGCUGGUUCCCCUUCCAUUGCGUGACCUUUAUUGACAUACUGAAGAGUUACAACUGGUUGGACAGUUGCUGGGCACGGUGGGCUGUCCAGAAUCUCACACCGCUCAGCCUCUGCUUGGGCUUCUCCAACUCUGCCAUCAACCCUGUGCUGUACUGCUUCAUCGGGAACCAUUUCCGGGGCCGACUGGGCGCCCUCAGUAAGGGUCUGUGUGUACGUUUGAAGGCACGUGAGGAGGAUCACAGUCAAAAGAGGGGCUCUUUCAGCACUAGGCUCAGUUCUUUCUCCCGAAAACUCAGUGACUUGAAAGAUCUGGCAAUUGUUGAAGCCUCUGCACAUGCUUAGGUGACUGACGAGCUAACCACACGGGGUUGAUACAGGAAUAGUAAGGAGGGAAAAAUACUGUCACCUGAAGAUUGAGACUGAUUUUGCAAUUGCCAACUGAUUUUUCAAAGCAACGGAGAUCGUAUGUUUUACUGUUUUUGAAAUACAAUUGCAAAGUUGUUACUGAACACAAACUUAGUCUACAUUUUUCUCCAUCCUUCAUGCAGUGUGUGAAUAGAAGGUCACCAGACUUCCGUAGAGUCCAUUGUAGAACAUGUUAAUCUGAUGCAGCAUGCUUUUUCCCCAAUAUGACUUCUCUGCACAUCCUUAAUAAUAAGAAGAACCGAUCUGUGUUCGGUUGUUGUUCCUUUAGGUAUCCUCCAUGAAUGCACUGAAAGGAUUCAGAUGGUAAAGUAAAGCACCACCUUUGGAAUGUCAUAUUAACCUGUGUUAGCUUGUUUUUUCAGGGUCAAGUUUGUAUCUGCUAUACAUGCUGUUCAACAAAACAUUGCAGUAGCCUACAGUAAAGACCAACGGCAAUUUAAUUGAUUUUAUUUACAUCUUAAUCCUGUGAUUACGGGUGUUUUCCUGGUUCUCUGACUUCCUUAGUCCAUUAUGACCACUCACACAAAUGAACGGGAUUUAGCAUGAGGAACACACAUACAGUAAAUAAAAAAGUAAAAGGAUAAACAGGGAUUAUGUUUUAAUGUAAAGUACAUUGUGAUACACUAUGGCCACAUGCACAGCCCGAGUGCCAAGACAACUGCAUAUUCUGCUUCAGCAAAGAUAUAACAGCUCAGUUUUUAUUGACACUGUCAGAGGUAUUAAUUUAACGAUAUGUUUAUUAGGUUGUAAAACUGCACUUCACCACACUGAAGGCUGUCUAAUAUUAUGACUAUAUACGAUCUCUCCUUUCCUUUCAACUAAUGCCAUCUCACAAGCUAACAAAAGGUGAGGUUUGAAAUGUUUUGGUUUGGUUUGCUAUUGCUCAACUUUAUGUUGUACAGUGUACAGUCGAAUGGGAACUUCUAGGUCAUGUUUGAAGUUACCACAAUUGUAUUCCCUCCAAAUUAUACAUCGGUAAUAAUAUCACUGAUAUGAAUUUAAGGGGGGGCGGGGAAUAAAAAGCGGCAAAUACAUUUGAAAAUAGAUUCUAUGAUACUUAUGUAUGUUCCAGUCAGAAUAUAUCCAGCCAACAAAUACCCACUUGAUGUCAAAAUCUGACUCGGGUAUAAUUUUCUUUGGAGUAAGUCACUAAGUGUGAUUAAAAUUUAUUGUUUCACUUUUUAGAAUGUAAGGCACUUAAAACAUUUAUUAGACCGGUAGCCAGAGAAAGGUUUAUGCCUCAGUUGUCGUAAAUUAUCAGCAUUGGUAUUUACCACAAUCAUGGUUUAUGGUUGUAUAAUGGCUAUUACGCUUGUUUGUAGAUCCUAAUCAUAAUUAAAAUGCUACAACAUAAUUGUUAAUAAAUGUAUGAUACACUAACACUUAUUAAGAUGUUGAUUUCCUACAGAAGAGCAUAGUAAGUUCAAAUGUGGGUAUUAAAAUGGUGAAUUCAGUUCCUCUUCAAAAUAAUGAAAUGUUGAGCACUCACUGAACUCAACUCAAGUCAAUUUAAAGCACUUUAUGUGGCCGUAUAUUCUCUUCAUGACUGGUGGUCAAAUACAUUUGUCAAGAGUUGCAUUCUGUAUCGAAAUAAAUACAGAUAUUACAUUAUUUCAUAGGUCUACCGUCAAACAGUUAAUCCAAUCUCACUAUUGUACAGUAUUAUUUAAAAUAUGUUGAGUAAAGUAAUUCCUUUGCCUGAAUUUCAAAAGAAAAACCGGACAGCAAUAUGUUUAGUCCCUCGUCCUCCUCGAAUGAUCUCACAAUGCAUUGCACAUAUCAAGGCUGUCGAACAUAGUCUCAUACAGAUGCUCUGAUAAUGCAUUCCAGUCCAAACACUUGUGUUGUACUAAUCAAUGGACUAUCUUUGUCUGCUACUUGUGUCUGCUAUAGAUCAUCCACAAAUCUGACUGACCCUGGCCUGCCCCUAUGUGAGCUGGGAAUUCAUAGAGGGGAUUUGUUUUCCCUGCUGAAAGCCACCCAACACCUCGAAAUCUGACGAAACCUAUUAUAUGAUUGAUCAAGUGUUAGACCUUGGUGUGUAUUAAAGAAUUUCACAUUUUUCA